UACAAACGUCAAAUGAGGAUUCAAAAUUUCUUCAGUUCAGAGUAUUUUGUAUAGGAGUAUCAAAUAGUGUUCUGUGAUUUUGAAGACGAUUUAAUAAUUUUGUGUUAUAAAAUAAUAAGUAGACUUCCAUUUAACUCUAGCGUGUAAUCGUAUACAUGGGUUUUCUGCAAAUAUAGGUUAAGUGAAGCAGUUUUAGUAAAUUAAAAUUAUGGAUGAACCAACGUUACGGUAUGAAAAAAUAGAUUUUCUUGGAGAAGGACAGUUUGCAACGGUAUACAAAGCUAGAGACGUGAAAACGGAUAAAAUAGUAGCUGUUAAGAAGAUAAAAAUUGGUUCACGUUUAGAGGCUCAAGAUGGUAUCAACAGGACAGCAUUGAGAGAAAUUAAAUUAUUACAAGAAUUGCAGCAUGUAAACCUUAUCGGACUAUUAGAUGUUUUUGGACAAAAAUCUAAUGUUUCUUUAGUUUUUGACUUUAUGGACACCGACUUGGAAAUAAUUGUUAAGGACAACAACAUUGUACUUACUCCUGCUAAUGUUAAGGCUUACAUGAUUAUGACUUUAAAAGGGUUAGAGUACUUACAUCUAAAUUGGAUAUUGCACAGAGACUUGAAACCAAAUAACUUGCUAAUAAACAGAGAAGGAAUAUUGAAAAUAGGAGAUUUUGGUCUUGCCAAAGCCUUUGGAUCUCCCACUAGAAUAAAUACACAUCAAGUUGUCACAAGAUGGUACAGAUCUCCAGAAUUAUUAUUUGGAGCCAGGCAGUAUGGAACAGGAGUGGACAUGUGGGCUAUUGGUUGUAUAUUGGCUGAACUACUUUUGCGAGUUCCCUUUCUGCCUGGAGAAUCCGAUUUGGAUCAGUUGUCCCGAAUUUUCCAAGUUUUUGGUACACCUACAGAGGAAACUUGGCCUGGUAUGAAGAGUUUGACAGAUUAUGUACAGUUCAAGCAGUUCCCGCCGCAGCAAUUGAGACAUAUAUUUAGCGCUGCCUCAGACGAUCUAAUCCAGCUUCUAGAAAGUCUUUUGUCUAUCUACCCCCCCAAGAGGUGUAACUGCGCACAAGCACUUCAAAUGCCCUAUUUUAGCAAUAAACCAGCACCAACUGUGGGUACAAAAUUACCAAUGCCUUCAAACAUAUCAAAAGUGGAGGCUGAGAAACCAUCACUCAAAAGAAAACUUUUGGAGAAUAUUGAUGGAGGUUCAUUAGCAAAGAGACUGCAGUUUUAAUAUACAACCAUAUAGGCCAGCAUACUGUCGUAAUCAGUACAAUGUUAGUGCAAUCAUGGACAGAACUAGCUUUGUAUGUGUAUGGUUAACAACCAAUAAGAAUUCCAAUGAGGGUGGCCUCUUACAGGUAAUAUAUCGAAACUAGUCAGCACAGUCUAUAUAUUACAUGCAAGUGCCCUUAAAUACUGCAGAUCACAGCUUUUUAAUCAUCCAAUAUGCAGCAUCUAUUAAAAACCUGUGGUCUGCACGACCUUAAAUGAAUUUUCAUUCAGUAUAAAUGUAUUAUCUUAUUGAUUAAAAUGCUUCGAACAGGUUGUAGCAUAAAGCAGGACUUAUAUUCAGAAACUUGUUUAAUUAAAAGUUAAAUUUAUAUUUAAGACAAUAUAACUUUGAUACAAAAGUA